UCAAUUGAGCGCUGUGGGAAGGGAUCAUUGAUAAGACAAAUUCCGGGUCAACAUGCCUUGCUGCCAAGCACCAAACAAACUCCAAUGCAACAUGGAAUGCAACAACAUCAACUGCUUCUGUAUCCAAAGUGGCGGAGAAUCCUGCAUCUGCCUUCAAGAGAAGAACCAAUAUCAGUGCAAGUCCUGCCAAUGUAACAAUUGUACCUGCUUUACCACGGGUGAAUGCACUUGUAUUUGUGUACGUCGCGACGAAACAGGAAUGUUAAUAAAAUGCGACGGUUGCAAGGGAAAUUGCAACAAGAUUAACAAGGAAUGCAAGUGCAAAUGCGACAAUUCCAAGUGUACUUGCAUUGCUACUGGAGGGGCCAAUUGCAUUUGCGUAUGCCUUGACGAAAGUGGCAAAAUAAAGAAAUGCGACGAUUGCAAGUGCAAUUGCGUCGAUACUAAAAACACUUGCGAUGCCACUGGCGAGGCUAGUAAGACUUGUAGCCGUUACGAAAGUGGGAAAAUAAAAUGCAGUGACUGCAACUGCGCUGCAGGCAACUGCAAUCCUCAACCAUGCCAAGCUUGUCAGAGGAAAAGCGACAAUAAAGGAUGCGUCUGCGUUCCUACUAAAGAAAAACCUUGCCUUUGUGUCACUAAAGAAGUUAAAGAGAAGCUUGUGAAAUGUGGCAAUUGCAAGUGUGACGAUUCCAAGUGCACUUGCAUUGCUACUAAAGGAGCUACUUGCAUAUGUGUAUGCCGUGAUGAAAAUGGAAAAAUCAAGAGAUGUGAUGACUGCAACUGCGAUACUGAAACUUGUUGCAAACCUGUGAAGACUUGCGACAAGAAAUGUGACAAAGACGGCUGUGUCUGCAUCUCAACUGAAGGAAAAUCCUGCGUUUGUAUUUGUCAGGACAACAAAAGUAAUAUUGUGAAAUGCAAUGACUGCAAGUGCAACUCUUGCAACUGCAAAUGUGAUAAUUCUAAAUGCACUUGUAUUGCUACGAAAGGAGCUGAUUGCAUCUGCGUCUACCGUGAUGAAAACGGAAAAAUUAAGAAAUGCAAUGAUUGUAACUGCGUUAGCGACGCUUGCUGCAAACCUGGGAAGACUUGCGAGGGAAAAUGUGACAAGGACGGCUGUAUUUUCAUCUCAACUGAUGGAAAACCCUGCGUUUGUAUUGGUCAGGACAGCAAAGGGAACAUUGCGAAAUGCAAUAACUGCAAGUGCAACUCUUGCAACUGCAAAUGCGAUGAUUCUAAAUGCAUUUGCAUUGCUACUGAAGGAGCCACUUGCAUUUGUGUAUGCCGUGAUGAAAAUGGAAAAAUCAAGAAAUGUGAUGAUUGCAAGUGCAUUACCGAAACAUGUUGCAAAACUGGGAAUAAGUGUGACAAGGGUGGAUGUACUUGCAUCUCAACUAAGGGAAAAUCCUGCAUUUGCAUCCGUCAAGAGAAGGGAGAACUUUUAAAAUGCGAUGAUUGCAAGUGUGGCUCCUGUAAAUGCGAAUGUUAUGACUCCAAGUGCACUUGCAUUGGUACUGGAGGAGCCGCUUGCGUCUGUGUAUGCCGUGAUGAAAAUGGAAAAAUCAAGAAAUGCGACGAUUGCACGUGCCUUAACGAAACAUGUUCCAAAACUGGGAAUAAGUGUGACAAGGGCGGAUGUACUUGCAUCUCAACUGAGGGGAAACCUUGCGUUUGCAUUCGCCAGGACAAGGGGCAGCUAGUAAAAUGCGAUGAUUGCAAGUGUGGCUCCUGUAAAUGCGAAUGUGAUGACUCCAAGUGCACUUGCAUUGGUACUGGAGGGGCCGCUUGCGUCUGUGUACGCCGUGAUGAAGCAGGGAACAUUAAAAGGUGCGACGAUUGUCAUUGCGACAAUGUCAAGUCAGUCACUUUGAUAAAUUAAAUAAAGGUGCCUAUGCCUAUUACUGUUUUUACCGCUACGUAUACUACGCAUAUUCACUUAAAUAUAUUAGGUGUCGAUGAUAUAUCCUUAUUAAAUAUUCAACAUGUAUUUUUUAGUUUAUAGAAAGCUUAUGUUAUAGUUAAGCCUGAUUUUUCGAUCCUCAAUUGUUAUUUUGUUGAUUAAUGUUUGCUAUUCUUUUG